GCACACUCCCAGUUAAAGAGAAAUCGAACCCUAACGAGUAGCAGCUUGUAUGCCAGUUUGCUAGCAUCUUCGUGACUGUUGAAUUGAGCAAGUCAGAGAAAUGUCUUCAGGACAGACAUUUGCAGGUAUAGACCCAGACCAACACAAACGAGUGUCUGUUAAGUCCAACCCUGGAUUCCUGGAGCGAUUAGGUGAAACUGCAGGAGGAACCGUUGUCGGCAUAGGACUGUUUUUCCUCUCAAUUUAUGUUCUGUUUACCAAUGAGGGGCGAGCUCUGCAAACAGCAUCCUCCCUGGAUGAAGGCCUCUCUCAGGUUGUAUUGUUAGGACCUUAUUCCAGCCUCGAACUGCAGAACAACAACCAUUUAGUUCAUCUGUCAGCACGGCUGCAUACUUUGCAGCCCCUGCAUGACCCCAACUACAGAGUGGUGGUGCAGGCAGUGAAGCUGAGGAGAGAGGUGGAGAUGUAUCAGUGGGUGGAGUACAGUGAAAGCAGGGACUACCAAGAGAAUGGUGAAACCAAAACUGAAACGACAUACACCUACAACACCGAGUGGAAAUCUGAAUUGAUCAAUAGUCGUCAUUUUGAUAAGGAAAUUGGUCACCAGAAUCCAAGUGCCAUGGCAGUCGAAAGUGUGACAGUGGUGGCGCCUGAAGUCCGAGUUGGGCCUUUUAUUUUGUCGAAAGGCCUGGUGGAGCAGAUCAGCAACUUCCAGACACUGAGUUUGAGGGAUUUCCCAGUCUUUAACCUGGACCCCUUUCUGUCCAUUGAUGACGAUUAUUUCUAUCACACUCAAUACCCACGCAGGCCAGAGGUUGGAGAUGUGCGUGUGAGAUUCUCCUUCGCUGGACUGAGUGGUGAGAAUUCUCACCUUGGCCCGCCUCAAACCGUCAGUAUUGUUGCCAUGCAAAGAGACGAGCAACUGAUGCCCUUUAAAACCAAGUCAGGAGACUUCCUGGAGAUCCUCUAUCUGGAGGAGCUCUCUGCAGAGGAGGUGUUUGCGAGGGAACACCAGUACAACAGCAUGAAGACAUGGGGACUUAGGGCUGCAGGCUGGUUGCUGAUGUUCCUUAGUAUACAGAUGACCACGCGCAUAAUCCACACGCUGGUGGACUGGAUUCCUAUCCUCGGAGAGCUUGUGUCUGUUGGCCUGAAGAUCUUCGCUCUAUGCGUCUCCAGCUCACUGUCUCUUCUCGUCAUUGGAGUGGGUUGGUUGUUUUACCGACCGUUAGUGGCAGUGGCCCUGACAGCACUAGCCCUGCUUCCAGUGUUUUUGACCCAUUCACGACUUCCAGCCAAGAAAAAUGAAUGACUAUUAAAAUGAGGAUUAGACUUUUAGUUGCUUGGUGACAACCAUCCAACAGAGGUGUGAAACAGUGUUGUGCUAUCAGUCUCCCACAAUGAGCUACAAACUACAUAGUAGCUUAAUGGAUUAGCAAAUUGAUAUUUAAUGAACAUUUUGUUCUUUUUGGUAAAAUGUUUAACCCUGUCUCCAUAAGUGGGCAUCAGUUUCACGCUGGAAAAAUUUUAUAGGUACAACAAGAAACUUGAAUACAGGUGUUGCCUUCAAAUAUCUUAGCUUUCAGAAGUUUAUCCAAGCUUGAAAAAACUUGGUAUUAAGCUGCUUAUAAAGAGUAGCAAAGGAUCGCUGUUAUUUUUACUGUAAAUACUACUCACCAAAGUUGUUGCCUCAACCAAAUGUCUCUCUCAUGUGACAACGCAAGUAGAUAUACUUUGCUAAAACUCAUGCACUUCUUAACGACAGGUCCGCAAUGAACCUAUUUUGAUGAUAUCAGAUUUAUGUUGGAGGAGCAUAUUAGAGCUGCUGUUUAGCAGUAAAGGUCUGACAACACUUGGGAAGAACUGUGUACAUGCAGGUAAGAAUAAUUUUUUUCCCCCAAACCAAAGAAAGUGUACAAAGUAAGUUUAAUUUUUUAAAUGAUACUUGAUGCCACCAAACUGUUUAAAUUGUUGCACAUCUGCUUACUUUUUCAGAAACAUGAAAUCUUGUGUAUACUUGUUUAUUUCAUGAGAAUAUUGUUCAUUGGAAAAUUUUUCAGGUAAAUUAGAAAUAAAACUUUUUUUU